AUGGCUCUUCAGCCUGACAAACAGGGCCAUGUGAGUCCAGGCGAGAUACUCACCGAAUCGGGACUCUUAUCAACCAUGACCUCCUCCGCGAAGGUGCGGGAUGUCGAGCAUUUGGAGACCGCCAUUUUGCAUGCUCCGCCUGGCCUGCGUAUCCGUCCGGGCGAUCGGCUCUCGGACAGCCCUACCCGAGACCAGGAUGAAGAUGAAGAAGAUGGAGAAGAAGAAGAGGAUGAAGAGGAUGAUGAUAAUGGCGAUGAUGAUGGUGAGGAGGAGGAGGAGGAGGAGGAGGAUGGUUGGACCCUUUUGAGAUGUCAGACGAUGGCUAAGGCUAAUCAAAAACAGGCUGUCUAUACACAUCAGAAAAGUGGUGAAGAUGAGGCGGAACAGCGGAACUGGAGGGAUGACCAGGUGAAGCAGUACAACAAUUUGAAUGGACCCAAGAAUCUUGUCUCUUCCGGUCGUAUUUUGGAGCGUGGCCAAAAGGGAAGAAUGCCUGAUCGGCCGCCUCCUGCUGGACAGGCCACUCCGCCAAUUGCUGAUGCCUUUGAGAUCGUAGGUGUCACCAACACCGGUUCAAUUGCUCUUGCCCGUCAUCAGGCCUCUGAAUGGCACGAAUCAGAGUCUGGCCCAAGUUCAACUAGCGGGGCAGAUGAGUCCUCGUUUGAAGAGACAGACGAUUUACGUAUUAAAGACAGAGGAGAUGGCAGGCCGGGUAAUGGCAUGGAGUUUGAGGAGAAUGGAGGGAUUGUCAAUCCAGAUGAUGAAGAUUCAGAUGAUGGUGAUGAUGAUGCUGUUGCUUGUGCGAAUGGUGGAGAAGAGGGCGGGGAUGAAGAAGAUUAUGCAAUCAUGUCAGAGAGAUGUGAAUGUACGAUCCCCGUUCUUCCAAAGUUGGUAUUCACAGACGCUUCUCCACUCGACAAAUUGGAGAUCAUAAGUCUUCAGAAAGAUGUCUUCCCAGUGAGUCCUAGAAACGUUUAG